AUGUGUUUUGUUGAAGCUGCUGUGACAUUUACAGAGUGGGAAUCAUCAUUAAUUAAUAAUUAUAAGUACUUUUUUAGUAUUAUAUUUAUUUAAGAGAGAAAAAAUCUUCAGGAGGGCGAGUUAAUAAAUAUAAUAAUUGUGGAAUAAACAAAUAUUGACCACAGUAUUCUCAUUGAUUACUACCUGACCCUUGACGAACGACAGAUCAUUUGGCCUGAAAUUUAAUUACGAUUUCAUGAGCCCAUUGUUUUGCUUCAGAUUUUUAAAUUUUGAAUGUGAAUGGAUUUUUAAAUCUGCAAUUAUAUAAAGCAGGUAUUUAUGUAUAAAUAACAUAAUAGCAUCUAUUUAACAUCCUUUUACAAUUUAAAGGCUUUUCUCCUUUAAGAGGCGAAACUUUAUCAUAUUUUUCCUUGAGUUCCUUAUUGGAGAACUCCUCUACUAACUCAAAACCUUGAAAGAAUAUCAGAAUUUUGAUGGAAUUCUGCAUUUGUAUGUUAUACUUGCAUCAAAAGGAAAUCAUUUAUCGUGACAUCAAACCUGAAAACAUCCUUCUCAACUUAUUUGGACAUAUUCACAUAUCUGAAAUUCAUACUCUCUAAAGUCACAAACCAUUCUUAAAGUUUAAAUGGAUCUAAAAAAUACAUUAAUCCUGAAAUGCCACUCAAACUGGAAACAAAAUACAAGUCGAUCAUAAUUCUUCUGAAACCUACUCAACAUACUUGUUAUCAUUUCUGUAGCAAAAAGACUAAAAAAUUCUAUGACUCUAUACUCAAUGAAUAAUUCACAUUCCGACAAUUUCUAAGUCAAAUAAAUCAAAGAUUAUUAGCCAAAGAACCUAAUAAAAGAUUAGGAGUGCAUAUAGGAGACAAAGAAAUCCUUCAACUUAAAUGGUUUAAGAAAGUCAAUCUGACACAUCCUAAUGAAACGAUUGAAUCCUCCAAAAAUCUGAUAUUUAGAAUUUAAAUUUCGAAAUUAAACUUUAAAAUUUGGAAUUGA